UAUGGUAGGAAUGGGACGGGGAGGCCAGGACUCCAAGGUGGACUCUGGGUUAGUAGAAGCCAGUCUGCCCUUCAGCUUGGGACCUCUGCUGGCUGGGACCUCAGUUUGUAUUCUGUUGGCUCUUAGGCCUGGAAGUGCUGCUCCUGGCCUGUGGCAUGCACAAAGGGGUGCUCUCAGCAUCCCUAGGCUCCAGUGCAGCUUCCCAGUUGGGCCCCUUCCCUCUGGUGGGAUCAGCAGGGCCUGUUCUGAUCUUUCUGAGCAGAAGCAAGCUGGAUAAAGUCUCCUGGGCCUUUUAGAGAAAGCAGGGCCCCAGUUCUUCUGUGAGCACAGCUUUAUAUCGUGGCUGUGAGCCCCCGCACACCGGCAUAGAGCUGGCGACAGGUGUAACUUCCCUCCUGCAGUCCCUCAGAGUCCUUGACCUUGCAGGACAGAACCCCAUACAUGGGCCUGGGUGGGUGACCCUGGCGCUGUGGUCUCCGGGCCCUUCUCUGCCAGAGCAAAGCAGCUCAUGGCACGUGUGCAGAGGACACAGAGGGUGGUGCUAACUUCUGCGUGGGUACUUACCAGGACCAGGCCCAUGUGGGUUGUGUCUCUGCCCAGCCUGGCUAGCGUGGGCUGGACUACUGGACACUGUCAAGGUCGCUGCUGAGGGACAGCAAGCCUCUCUGGCAGGCUGGAAGAGGGAGGUCCCGGCAGAUCCACAGCUGCACUCUGAGGAGAACCUGACCAGUGGAAUGGACAGAGGACACCGGCAGCCUCCUGAAUGAGGCUCUGAGCAGGUCUGGCAUUGUUUGCUCUGGCCCUCAGCCCAGGGACUCUCAGAGACCCACUGUGGCGCUUCCUGGAAAGCUUCUGUCUGUGUGGACCUCUGCAGAAGAGAGCCUUGGAGGGCAGGGAGGAGAGAGGACAGACUCGACCGGGGCCCAACCAUGGUCGUCACUCAGCUCAGCCUUGAGUUCCGCUUUCAGGGCAAGAAGCUUCGAGGCUUCAGCUGUGAGCUAACCCGCUCCCCUCAUGGGGUCCUCCCUGAAUCUGUCCUCAGCACCACCUGCCAGGUCGCCAUACCUAUACUGUUGUCCGGCCUGGGCAUGAUGACGGCUGGCUUGGUGAUGAACACUGUCCAACACUGGCCAGUGUUCAGAGAUGUUAAAGACCUGCUGACGUUGGUGCCGCCCCUUGUUGGUCUGAAGGGAAACCUGGAAAUGACGCUGGCAUCUCGACUCUCUACGUCUGUGCAGGCCACUGUUGUGGGGCUCCUGGCUGCAGUGGCCUCACUGAUGCUGGGCACAGUGUCCCACGAGGAGUUCGAUUGGGCCAAGGUGGCCUUGCUGUGCACAAGCAGUGUCAUCACCGCCUUCCUCGCUGCCUUGGCCCUAGGAAUUCUAAUGAUCUGCAUAGUGAUUGGUGCUCGGAAGUUUGGGGUGAACCCUGAUAACAUCGCCACACCCAUUGCAGCCAGCCUGGGAGACCUCAUCACGCUGUCUAUCCUGGCCCUGAUGAGCAGCUUCUUCUACAGCCACAGAGACACGUGGUAUCUGACGCCUCUGGUCUGCAUUGGCUUCUUGGCUCUCACCCCUCUGUGGAUCUUCAUUGCCAAGCAGAACCCACCCAUCAUGAAGAUCCUGAAGUAUGGGUGGUUUCCCAUUAUCCUAGCCAUGAUCAUCAGCAGUUUCGGAGGCCUCAUCCUGAGCAAAACCAUUUCGAAACAUCAGUUUAAAGGCAUGGCUGUCCUGACUCCAGUUAUAUGUGGUGUCGGUGGCAACCUGGUGGCCAUUCAGACCAGCCGCAUCUCCACCUUUCUGCAUAUGUGGAGCACACCUGGGGUCCUCCCUGUCCAGAUGAAGAGAUUCUGGCCUAACCCUUGCUUCACUUUCUGCUCCUCAGAAAUCAAUUCUGUAUCAGCACGAGUCCUGCUCUUUCUGGUGGUCCCAGGACACCUGAUUUUCUUCUACCUCAUCUGCCUGGUGGAAGGCCAGUCAGUGACAAGCAGCAAGAUCUUCGUGUUACUGUACCUGAUGGCGGGCAUGAUGCAGGUGGUAAUCCUGCUGUACCUAGCGGAAGUGAUGGUUCGACUGACCUGGCACCAAGCCCUGGAUCCUGACAACCACUGUAUCCCCUACCUCACGGGCCUAGGGGACCUGCUGGGCACUAGCCUGCUGGCACUGUGCUUCCUCCUGGACUGGUUACUGAGGGGCAGAGCUAAUCUUGCGGAGCUGGUCUCAGAGCUGGUUUCUGUGCCUCCCUGACUGAGCCUACCACCCGCAGGUCUCCAUGAAACUUUCCCUCACACCCACAGUGUCUGGCAGGCCAUUCCCCUGCUGGGGCCUCGAGCUGCUAAACAUCUGCUUGCACGGUGGCCUUACCAGUCUGCCAGGGAGACAAGCAGACACCUUGAUUCUGAAGUUGGUAGCCAAGCCUCAGGUAGAGCCCUGACAUCAGGAGCUCUGCUUGCAAGUGUGUGAGUCUGUGUGUGCCUGGACAGUGUGUGUGUGUGUGUGUGUGUGUGUGUGUGUGUGUGUGUGUGUGUGUGUAGGGCAGGCUGUUCUAACCUGAAGAUGCUGAGGAAGGAGCCUGUUGGUGAUCCAUUGGGUGGAUCAGGAUGGACCUCCUCUGCGUUCCCAGGGCUCAGGACUACCCAUGCCCUGACUUUGCUGCCAUCACUGGGCUCAACUCUCUGGGUUCAUGUUACUAGUGCUCUGGGCCCAGUGACCAUGCACCUUCACCCCAGGCAGGCCCUGUGUACCCCUCAUCUAUACUCCAGCAUUUAAUCUCGUGGCUGCUUUCUUUUUAUUUCCCACUUCCUCUGUUUCAUAGCAGAACCUUCUGUUUAGGUUCUGGUGAUCAAGAAAUAUGUAAUAAAACAUAGCUGAUAUUGCA